AUGUCUCAGGCCGACAGACUUCCUAUAGUCGGUUCACAUAUCACCAGCGCAUCUGCCUGGAUUCCAGGAUACUCAAAAAAAGAGGCCAAAGAAUUACUACCAAGUCCACCCGUGAGCCGUCGCACCUCAAUGAACACCAACUGCACACCAUCCUACGAGCCCAAUGACACCUACCGAUACCCCUCUACACCCGGAACACCUCGGUCUUUCAGCAGCGCCCCGGGCUCACCUCGGAUCUACUCCACCCCUCCCCCGCCAUACGAAAAAGUAGGCCCUCCUUCUUCUAGGCUCACAAAGAUCUCAGAUUAUGUCUGGAAACGGGCUUCCUUCUCCUCGGGAAUUGGCAGCAUUGUUCCCAGCAGUGGUGGCUCAAUCGCAGCCUCCGCUUCGCCGCUCAAGCCUGCAUUUGUCGAAGAAGUCACGAUUGACAAGAAACAGACCGAUCACGGUGUAACACUCAUCAACGUAGCUACCGAGAUGGACCAGGCUGGUAACCACCAGAUGGCCACCGAUCUUUAUCUCAUGGGCCUCGAGCGCAUGCUGUGUGCUCUUCCAAUUGAAUCCGAUCCUAGACUCAAGAUUGCUCUUGAAAAAAAAUUGGUUGAAUUCAAAGAAACCAAGGGCCUUGAUCUGGCAAGCAUUGUAGAGGCCACUGAAGAAGACGAGAAGGAGACGCCGGUAGAUGAACCUUAUGGCUUUUCUGGACUUGUUAUCAAUGCAGCCAUUUUGGGUGCUGUUGCACUCAAGAGAAGUCCCCUCCCAGAUGUCUUGUCUUCCGCAGUAUCUUAUGCCAAGUCAGGAUUCCAGUCCGUAGAUGAAGCAUACCACAUCCGUCAACGUGCAUGGGACUUGGCAACAAACGGUGUCGCCAAGGCAGUCGAGAUUGAUAAGCAUUACGAGGUUCACCGCAUUUUAACAGAUGCUCUCUACACCGGUUGCACAGCCAUUCUCAAGGCCGGUAUUGCCUACACAGAGGCACCUGGAUACAAGGAGCACCGCAGAGCGUCUUCCCCGUAA